AUGUGCAAGAGAGCUCUAAAUGUCUUGGUAAAGGCUGAUAACAAGGACAGGUUGGAGAAGCAUGGUGACCCAGAAUGCUUGCCCACAUCAUCGCUUGCCUCCCUGCUGACUACAGAAGGCUUGCAGCAUUCACCCACUCCACCCAUUUCCCCCAAAGGCUCUUCUUCAUUCCUACAGGCACUUGCCAAGAUAACUCUGAAGUUGAAGGAGCUGUUCUCAGGGAUUCUGGGCCUGAAGAAGAGAUUGAGAGAUGCAGGAGAUGACUCCCCAGAAGACAUCAUUGAAAAGUGCAAGAAGAUCUUCAAUUGCAGCGAGGUGGAACAUCAGCCAGGCUCUUCAUUCCACUUCGAUGGCUAUCACUCAGAGCUCUACCACCUAGCAGAUGCUAAGCAGUACAUCCCCUUGUAUCUUUUCACCCUCGCUAACAUCACCAUAAUCCAGAGAGAGGAAGAUACCCUGCCCAUGAAGAAGAUCCAGGACUGUGGCCAUGGUAAAAUCAUGGUGCUUGACAUCUCUAACCCUAGGUUCAGGAAGGAGGUGGACCUUAUGGAGCUGCAAUGGCAAGAUGCUGCCCCCCACUUUGUUGAUUUCAUGUCUUCAUUGUGA